UUCCCGGCUGGGGUCUCGGUUUCUUCUCGGCUUUGCCCAAGUGCCACCCCAGACGGGUGCCCCGUUAGCAGAGGGCAGGCAGGCGUGGGCGUCUGGGAGCAUGGUGGCCCCUUGGCGCUUCUCCCUGAGGGUCUGCUUGUCGUGCCUGAAGGGCUCUGAGCUCAGAACGGGCCUUCUGAGACUCUCCGGGUGCUCACGUAAUGCCAGGCUCUGUUGGCUUCUCCUGGGCACUUUACCCAAGCUCAUUUCCACUUAUGAAGACACAAGUGAGGGGACUCCUGACAGCUUGUGCCAGAGGAGGGCCCGCUGGAGUGGCCUGGCGGGAAGUGGGCCGGUGGAGCGCGCGUCCGUGGCGGGGCGGCUGGGCUGGGUGUCCCUGCACCUGCGCAUCUGGCUGCGGGCUGGCGUUCUCUUGGUGAAGUUCUUCCCGCUCCUUCUACUCUACCCCCUCACCUACCUGACUCCCGGUGUCUCGGCCCUCUGGCUCCACCUGCUUCUCAAAGCCACGGAGACCUCGGGGCCAACUUACAUCAAACUGGGCCAGUGGGCCAGCACCCGGCGGGAUCUCUUCUCAGAGGAGUUCUGCGCCCGAUUCUCCAAGCUGCACGUCCGAGUGACCCCCCACUCUUGGACUCACACUGAGCGCUUCCUCCGGCAGGCUUUUGGGGAGGACUGGGGGUGCGUCCUCUCUUUUGAGGAUCAGGAGCCUGUGGGUUCAGGCUGCGUGGCCCAAGUGUACAAGGCCCAUGCCAACCUAGCAGGCCUGGGGAGUGGCAGCAGCACCCAGGGAAAGGGCAGGGCCUCCCGUCUGCAGCCUUCAGAGGCGGGGGAAAGCUGGGGGCUGAGAGAACUCUUUGAACACCCCGGGAAGGCAUGGAAUACUCCUGGAAACCUGGCUGACCAGUCUUUCUUGGAAAAGCUGCUCCUCCCUAAAGCUGGCCUGAGUGAAUCAAAUGUAGUCAUGUCUCAGGCUUCUGCCUCUGGACACCACACACAGCCAGGCCACCUCAUCCCGGUGGCAGUGAAAGUGUUGCACCCUGGCCUGCUCGCUCAGGUGCAUAUGGACUUGAUGCUGAUGAAGCUUGGCAGCCGAAUCCUUGGGCUGUUGCCAGGAGUCAAGUGGCUUAGUUUGCCAGAGAUCGUGGACGAAUUUGAGAAGCUCAUGGUCCAGCAGAUCGACCUGCGUUAUGAAGCGCGGAAUCUAGAACACUUCCAGCAUAACUUCCGGAACGUGAAAUCUGUCCGAUUCCCCACCCCUCUGCACCCCUUUGUCACCAGGGAUGUCUUGGUUGAGACGUAUGAAGAGAGCGAGCCUGAAGAUUGCUCGGCUGGGGAUCAACAUGCUCCUGAAGAUGAUAUUCGUGGAUAACUUUGUGCAUGCGGACCUUCACCCGGGGAACAUCCUGGUCCAGGGAGCUGAUGGCCUUCCCAGGAGCCGGGAGGCGCAGCUACAACAGGUCGACGUGUGUGACACGCUGGUAGUGGCUGUGACGCCUGCCCUGCGCCCUCUGCGGCUGGUACUGCUGGACGCUGGCAUCGUGGCCGAGCUGCAGGCCGCUGACCUGAGGAAUUUCCGGGCAGUUUUCAUGGCUGUGGUGAUGGGGCAGGGCCAGAGAGUGGCUGAGCUCAUCCUGCAGCAUGCCCGGGCCAGCCAGUGCCGGGACGUGGAGGGCUUCAAGGCCGAAAUGGCUGCGCUGGUGAGCCAGGCCAGGAAAAACACCAUCACCCUGGAGAAGCUGCACGUUUCCAGCCUUCUCUCCAGUGUCUUUAAGCUGCUGAUGACUCACAAGGUGAAGCUUGAGAGCAACUUUGCCUCGAUUGUGUUUGCCAUCAUGGUGCUGGAGGGGCUUGGCCGCUCACUGGACCCCAAGCUGGACAUCCUAGAGGCUGCGAAGCCCUUCCUGCUCACAGGACCAGUGUCCAUGCCCUGACAGUGGCAGUGGGCGGGCAGCCGGCCUUGAUCUCAGACCUGCGGGCUGCUCCUAGAAACCCCUCAUGGUGCCUGGAGCCUCCUCAGACUGCACUGUGAGGAGCACACUGAGCCCUCGGGACUCAGCUUCCAGUUCUGCUGGAAGAGCUCUGGGUCAUUUGGGGUGUGGAGGGACAGGAGUGUCCGUGUUCAGGGGUGAAAGCUGAGACGCCCUAUUCAGGGAGUGUUCUGUGGAGAGGCCGAGUACACCGAGUUAGCGUGUUCUCCUGUUUUUCUCAUUUCCUCCUACCUCAGCAUUCCCUGUCAGGUGGGUCCUCCUGGUGGUUCCUACUGACACGUAUAUUAGAAAAUGCCACAAAGUCCUGUAGGCCCAAGAUUUCCAAGUUUUUGUUGAUUAUGUACCCUUCUUGGUAAAAUAGUAAAAAGGUACACACACAA